AUGUCUGGAUCUGGAGGAGGAGAACUCAGAGCGCCAAUCUUCAAUGACGAAAACUUCGAUUUCUGGCAAAUCAAGAUGAAAACCAUCUUUCGAUCACACGAGCUAUGGGAGAUGGUUGAGAAUGGGUAUAAGAUUCCGGUGAAGGAGGAGGCACUCACGGAGGCGGAGAAGAAGCUAUUGCGUGAGUAUGCUGUGAAAGAUGCCAGAGCAUUAGGCAUUAUUCAAGGAGCUGUGUCCGAUCAGAUUUUUCCAAGGAUUGCAACUCAGGAAGUGCAAAAGCUGCGUGGGACAUUUUAA